AUGGUCAAGAGGUUCAGAGUGGCAGUCUUAGAAAAGUUUGUCACAUCUUUGGAGAAAGAUGUGAGGCCAAAACCAAUUUCUUCAGCUGGUUUGGCAACCACAUCAAAGGCUAGAGUGAAGGAUGGUGGUAAGACAAACCCUGCAGCCAAUGCUAGUCAAUCUCAGCUAUUGAGAGCACUUGGUGUGAGAGUGUAUAGGUACACAAAGGAAGAAAGGAGAGAUAUAAUUCUUAUGUACUUGAUGAAACGAACAAAUAGAGCAGGCAUAAAAAGGCCUACCAAGGUUCCUUCAAGAUUCCAAGAAGACAAGGAAAUUACAGAAGUGGUAUCACAUGCUCCCACAGAUGAUGCAUUAAAUGCAGGUGGAGAGCCAAAAGUUGGAAUGGUUUUCUCAAAUGAAGUUAAGGCAUAUGAGUUUUACAUUAGGUAUGCUGGAACUGUUGGUUUCAGUGUUCGGAAAGGUUGGUGGGAUAAAUCUGCUAGGAAUGUUACUAGAUCUAUAGUUUAUGUGUGCUCAAGAGAAGGGUAUCGUCCAACCAACAUAACAAAUGAGGCCAAGAAAACAGGAUCAGAAACAAGAACUGGUUGCCCUGCACGUUUGGCAAUCAAAAUUACACCUGACGGCAAAUAUUGUGUGAUUGAAUUUGUAGCUGACCAUAACCAUCAGCUCACAGCUCCCUUAGAUAUUCAAAUGUUGAGGUCACAAAGGCUGUUAGCUAAGUUUCAGACUGGAGGCCGACAAGGUGCCAGUCAAAUUCCUGCUAGUUGCAAAAAUUAUCUCAGAUCAAAGCGUAUGAAGAACAUGCAGAGUGGUGAUGCAGGUGCUUUGAUGGAGUAUUUGCAAAAGAUGAAAGGGGAUAACCCAUCUUUCUUUUAUGCCGUACAAGUUGAUGAAGCCGAGCAACUGACAAAUGUUUUCUGGGCAGAUCCAAAAUCCAUCAUGGAUUACCAUUACUUUGGUGACAUAAUAUGUUUUGACACAGCCUAUCAAAUAAAUGAUUAUGACCGACCCUUGGUGCUGUUCACUGGUGUUAAUCAUCAUAAACAAAUAAUUAUUUUUGGUUCUGCAUUCCUGUAUGAUGUAAGUUUAGAAUCCUUUAAAUGGUUGUUGGAGACUUUCAAGAACACAACGGGUGGAAAACAGCCAAAGACAAUUUUAACAGAUCAGUUUUCAGCAAUCAGUGAUGCAAUUGCUGCUGCAUGGCUUGGCACAACUCACCGUCUUUGUGCAUGGCACAUAUAUCAGAAUGCCAAAAGGUACCUUCGUCAUGCUUUCCAAGGCUAUGAAACUUUUGCAGAUGAUUUUGGCAGAUGCAUGUAUGACUUUGAGGAGGAGCAGGAAUUCCUUUCUGCAUGGGAGGUAAUGCUGGAAAAGUAUGAUCUAAGAGACAAUGAAUGGUUAGGUCAGUUGUAUGGAAAAAAGAAGUGGGCGUUGGUCUAUGGACGUCAAGUUUUUUCUGCAGACUUAACAAAUACACUACGGAAUGAGAACUUGCACAGUGUUAUGAAUGAAUUCUUGACACCAGAGAUUGAUCUUUUGCCAUUUUUAAGGCAGUAUGAAAAGUUAUUAGAAGAGCAAUGA